AUGAGUGCGCUCGCGCACCCUAGCGCGGACGGCGACGAGGACGAGACCAGGUUCCCCAUCGUCAAGAACCAGCUGCUGCCGGGGCUGAGGUCGUUCUGCUCCGCUCUCAAAGUAUGCGAGGACGUGUGCGGGCAAGUGAACCUGUUCGAAGACGGGCAGUCUCACAUGGCGACCGUGACAGACCACGUGCAGCUCAAAGAGAUGACCAGGAACCCCAACACUAUUACCGUGUUAGAGGAGCGGGUCAACGAGUGGGUCAAGAAAGUUAUGGAGAUACUGAGCGAAAGCGAGCAGCUGCGUCGAGAAGUAGAUUCCAGCGGCCCACAGGACGAGUUAGAAUACUGGAAGAAGAGGGGGGCACAGUUCUCCCAACUAGUUUCCUACUUACAGGACAACGAAGUCCAACUAACCCUAACCUGCCUCCAACUAGCCAACUCCAAAGUCAUCAAACUCUGGCGCGACACGGACCACAAGAUCACCUUCUGCUACAACGAGGCCAAAGACAACGCCAAGUUCAUCCAGGCCAUGGAGAAGUGCUGCCAUUCGUUGUACCUGGACGAUCCGGUGAAGAUCAAGGACUCAAUAUUGAGUCUGCUGCAGACUGUGCGGUUGAUUCAUAGUGUGUCACAGUUUUAUAAUACGUCGGAGAGGAUUUCUUCGUUGAUGGUUAAGAUCACCUUCUGCUACAACGAGGCCAAAGACAACGCCAAGUUCAUCCAGGCCAUGGAGAAGUGCUGCCAUUCGUUGUACCUGGACGAUCCGGUGAAGAUCAAGGACUCAAUAUUGAGUCUGCUGCAGACUGUGCGGCUGAUACAUAGUGUGUCGCAGUUCUAUAAUACGUCGGAGAGGAUAUCUUUGUUGAUGGUUAAAAUAACCAAUCAAAUGAUAGAAACCUGCAAGCAAUACAUCACAUGCCGCUUCAAAGAAACCAUUUGGUCCCAAGACCGAGCCCUGGUCCGGGACAAGCUGAUCCACUGCCUAAACCUAAACAAAACCUAUAGAGAAACGUACCUGUAUGUUAAAAACCAGCCGUUUUUGCCAAACACUGAGCAGUUCAGUUUCUCUGAGAACUAUGUUUUUGGGAAGUUUGAUACGUUCUGUAAGAGGGUGAAUAAGAUUAUAGCGAUGUUUGAUUUGAUGGAGGACUAUAAUCAUUUGUUUGCGAAGAGGAUGGAGGGGUUGUUGCUUGGUGAAGAUCUCGAGGAAGCCGUCCACGCGUUCGAAGAAGCAAAGAAGGCAGUAACCAGUUGCCAGUACGACUAUUUGGACUACAGGAAUAAUGAAUUCGACAAAGACUACCAGGCUUUCGAGCAGAAGACGAACAUGCUACGGGAAUCCAUAGGGAACACUAUAGAGGAGAACUUUUCCAGCGUGUGGGAGACGCCGCAAGGCAUCAAGUUUCUGACCAGGUUUGAAAAGGUCAGUCAAAAGAUUCAAAUAACGAAGUUGGGCGAGAAAUACGACAGAGUCCUACGCUACUGCGAGAAGGAGGUGGAUAAGAUCACCAAGAUGUUCAAGAAGCAAAAAGACGAUCCGCCGCUGCCGAGAAACUACUCUCCCGUGGCCGGACGCAUAAAAUGGUCCCGCUGUCUCCUUCACAACAUGACGGAGACCGUAGAGAGCGUAUCUGCGCAUCCCGUGUUACGAUCCCUGCCCGCCGCCAUGGACGUGAUGAGGAAAUACUCCAACACCAGGACGCUUAUAACCAACUAUGAUCAAUCCAUGCGUGCCGUCUGGAUGAACCAGAACCUCUGGGACGUGGACGACUGCCUCAACAACACCUUGCUGAAGAUCGACGAAGCUGGCCGCAUCAGCGUGAACCUGGACAGCACUGUCAGGUUACUCAUCAGGGAGUCUGACUGCUUGGUGAAGAUGGACGUGGAACUGCCUAUUGUCUGCCACUCGCUGUACGCUAAGAAGAAUUACUUUACUCUGGUCAAUGAUUCUUUGGAGUUCCUCCUUGAAGACUAUCUCCGCACCGUACGCCGAGUGAAACUCGAAGUGCGCCCUCUCUUUCUACCUCAAGUGGUCCGCCUAUCUUCCCUCCUGCUCCCCGGGCUGCGUUCCGUAUCAUGGACUAGCGAGGACUGGGAAGAGUUCAUAGACAGAGCCAACGCUGCUAUCAAAGGCUUUGAUGUACUGGUCACUAGAGUACAUGAUAUAUACACGAAUCGGAUUAUAUAUGUGCUGUCUGGUAUGCAAGAGGUUACUCUGAUUAAUUUACCCGAAGAAACACCAUGGACAGUUGACGAAUUUAUAGAAAACGUGGAGACGGGCUGUCGCAACGCAUGCGUGGAACUGAACCGUAAGAGCCUCAUGGUGGAGGAGGCGGUCGAGGAAGUCUUGGACCUGAUCAAGAAGGCGGCUCACCAGUUCAAGUCCGUCGAGAUUAACCCGGAUUUCGAGUUCCUCAUCGCUGAUGCCCCCACCGCAUGCUGUCCAUGCCGGCUGGUGGUCUCCAAGAACAUGCAAGUAAGCGUCAACCUCAAGAGUCUCAUGGUGGAGGAGGCGGUCGAGGAAGUUCUGGACCUGAUCAAGAAGGCGGCCCACCAGUUCAAGUCCGUCGAGAUCAACCCGGAUUUCGAGUUCCUCAUCGCUGAUGUUAUAAAUUGA